UGACGUAUGCACGGAUCCAAUCGAAGCACUUUCUACUCACGCCGAAUGGCUGAGAGGCUGUCAGUCAUCCCCUGGGCCCGCCCUUAGGGCAUAAAUAGCUGGGUAUGACGCAGCCUCGGCCUCUUUCAAUACUUCGAUAGAAGUGAUCCGUCAAGCAACUACAACUUUAUCUCAGAUUCGAGUUUUCAACCGUGUGCUUCAACUCUUUCAAGCCGGAUGUCGAGGCUGCUGUACCCGGAGUGCCCGCACAGCAGGGACAAAGGGGACCGGCACCGAUUUUGCAUUGUCUGUCUCGGCAGAGAGCACGCCGAGGCAGCGCUGUCGGGCGGUUCUACCUGCGAAUUCUGUGCUGAACUGACACUCGCUAAAAUUACUAAGCGCUCGGCUUACUGGACUCGCAGAGAGGCGAGAGAAGCUGCUGCCCAGGCUGAGGAGAUUCCCACAGCCGAAGGCAGCACAGAUCACGAUAUGGAGGGGCAUGACUGUCGCGAGCCCGCCACAGCCAACCCCGCUCCCACCUUGCCAUCUGGCGGGAGUUCACGCCACGAGGCAGCAGGGGAGCUAGCUGCACCAGCCCCACAUGCAAGAGUGAGGUCGCACCACGAGGCGGUGGAGUUACCGCGUGGCUUCCACGACCAGCCCCUGCCAGAGCUGGUAUUUGGGCAGGAGUCGGAGGAACAGCCAGAGGACUUCAGUGAUGCAGAGGGGUAUUAUGGUGAAUAUGAGGAGGAGGUGGUCGAAGAGUCCCGGGCAUCCUCUCCUCCGGUAGGUUCGAGGACACUGGGUCUGCAGCUGCACGAGGUGGCUACCAGGGCAGCUAGCAAACUCGGCCUCCCUCUCCCCACCCCCCCAGCACAGAGAUGUCGUUGCUGGAUGGGGAAUACUACGCCGGGCCCCAAACACCGGCGCCCUGCCCAAUCCCGUUUUUUCCAGAAGUGCACAGGGAGCUAG